AUGAUUCGAGAUCCGUUCAACAUCCACCGAACCACAAGCACCUUUGGACGCCCGCAAUCUCGAAACAUUCCUGCGCCGUCGCGGGCUGAGGCCGAUGAAGUAGCUAUGGCCUUCUCUAUGCCCCGAACCGUUCCGUCCUUCGAUAGUCGUCAACGAGAGCUUGAGGAUCGAUUCUGGGGUUCUGGCCAGAAAUCCAACAAGUCGGAUCGACUACCAAUGUACAAAGACAAACCUUAUGCGUCGCCUUACGACGAUGAGGACAGACCCUUUUGGAAGCGCAAGAAGUGGAUGACCAUUAUUGCCUUUGUUGUUUUGACAUUAAUAUAUUGGACUGGAUCUUCGAAGAAACCCUCCCCGAAGCGAACGGUAACGACCGAUUGGAGCUACACAGGCUUGUCCAAGGAUGAUAGAAAGGCGAAUUGGGAUCACAGAAGAGAUCGUGUGGUCGAGGCAUUCGAGCUGAGCUGGGAUGCCUACAAGCGAUAUGCCUGGGGAUUCGAUGAAUACCACCCGAUCAGCAAGACGGGUGAAAAUAUGGCACCAAAGGGACUCGGCUGGAUCAUAAUCGACUCUUUGGACACUAUGAUUCUCAUGAACCUUACAUCUCGUGUCCAAGACGCUCGUCAUUGGAUCUCGGACUCCUUGACAUGGGAUCAGGAUCAGGAUGUCAACACCUUCGAGACGACGAUUCGAAUGCUGGGUGGGCUUCUAAGUGCACAUUACUUAUCCACCGAGUUUCCGGGGCUUGCGCCACUGGCCGAGGAUGACGAGGGGGCAGCCGGUGAGGAUUUGUACCUCGAGAAAGCUAAAGACUUGGCCGAUCGUCUCAUGAGCGCAUUUGACUCACCAUCUGGUAUCCCAUAUGCGAGUGUCAACCUUGCUAAGUUCGAGGGUAUCCCCUCACACGCAGACAUGGGAGCGUCGUCGACGGCGGAGGCUACAACUCUCCAGCUUGAAUUCAAGUACCUCGCGAAGCUCACAGGAGAAAAGGACUUUUGGGACCGUGUGGAAAAUGUCAUGAAACUUGUCGACAACCAGGGAGCUCAGGACGGCUUGGUCCCCAUCUUUAUCUAUGCAACCUCGGGCGAGUUCAGGGGUGAAAACAUUCGUCUGGGAAGCCGCGGCGACUCAUACUAUGAGUAUCUUAUCAAGCAAUAUCUUCAGACGAACAAGCAGGAGCCUAUCUACCAAGAUAUGUGGGACGAGGCGCUUCAAGGCGUUCGCAAGCACCUCGUUACAUAUACUUCGAACUCCAAGUUCACCAUCAUCGGAGAGCGACCGAAUGGAUUAGAGAUGCCACUUAGUCCGAAGAUGGAUCACCUUGUGUGCUUCAUGCCCGGUACAAUAGCAUUAGCGGCCACAGAAGGCCUUACCGAGGCUCAGGCGCGCAAAUCGCCGACGUGGUCGAAGAAGAACGAGGACGAUAUGCAGCUGGCGCGAGAAGUCAUGGAGACAUGCUGGGGAAUGUACAAGUACAUGGCAACAGGGCUAUCGGCCGAAAUCACCUACUUUGAGAUUGACAACCCGCCAGCGGCUUACGGUAAUCCUCGAAAUGGUCCAGUUAAUUUCGACCCAAGUCCGGACGCGGAGUGGCGUAAGGACUUUACUGUCAAGUCUGGCGAUGUCCACAAUCUCCAGCGACCCGAGACAGUCGAGAGUCUGUUUUACAUGUGGAGGAUCACCAAUGACAACCGAUACCGGGAAUGGGGUUGGGAGAUGUUCAAGUCUUUCAUGAAUCACACAGCUGUGCGAAAUGGAGGAGGCUUUACAAGUCUGCGCAAUGCCAAUGUUGUCCCUCCUAAAGUGCGGGACAACAUGGAGAGCUUCUGGCUGGCUGAAACACUCAAAUACUUUUACCUCCUGUUCUCACCUCCUGAUCUCCUACCUCUUGACAAGGUCGUUAUCAACACCGAAGGACACCCACUGCCUCGCUUUGACAUGGGACAGUUAUUCUCUACAGGAUGGAAGAGAAAGCCAAGAGACGCCAAUGGCAAGAUCAUCGCUACGGCCGUCAAGGCAGAAAGUCAAGAGAAGGAGGCCGUUAUGCAGGACGCCAAGAAGGGUGGCGAAGUUACGUUGAGCCGUCCUCCGCCGACAAACCGCUUACUCACAACAUAUACCUCCCACUCACCUCCGACAUCCGCAUACGCCUACGCUUACAACUCCGACAACAAUCCCCAGCGGAGGGCCAGCUCCAGUCAUCCCACAGUUCGGGAUCGACCAAGCGUGAGCUCGGCCCGCGCACAGCGCGCAGGCUCAAGCGCAAGAAUGGCGCCUCACGAUGUCGAGCGCGGGAGCAUCAGCAAGAUGAAGGAGGAGUCGCUCGCCCCCGGGAGUUCUUUUAGCAUGCGCGAACCCGAGUACGGUGAUAUUUCCCCGCCUUCUUAUUGGGACCGGUUCGUCGAUGGCUUUAGGCGCGAUCACAGAUCAAGUUUGUUCACGAAUGAUCCGUUGGGGCAGCACGAGGGAUCCGGAAGGGUGCAUGAUGGAGCGCAUUACUACGAUAUCCAGAGUGCCAUGUUGGAGACGGCAAAUUCAGGCCUUGCGAGAGAGUUGAAAGGAAGACAUUUGCAAAUGAUUGCAAUUGGAGGCUCCAUUGGUACUGGGCUUUUUGUCGCAUCGGGAAGAGCUUUGGCAGACGGAGGUCCAGCAUCGAUCUUGCUGGCUUUUACUAUCGUGGGUGCCAUGCUCUUUUGUACAUGUCAAGCGCUGGGUGAGCUUGCAGUAAUCUUCCCAAUUGCUGGAUCAUUCUCAUCGUGGGCGACUCGGUUCAUCGAUCCGUCUUGGGGAUUCGCAAUGGGGUGGAACUACGCGAUGCAAUGGCUCAUCGUGUUACCGCUCGAGAUCAUCGCCGCAUCGCUAACCCUCUCUUACUGGGACGAGAGUCUUACACGCGCCAUUUUCGUCUCUGUAUUCCUAGUCGUCAUCAUAGUCAUCAAUAUGUUUGGCGUCAAAGGCUACGGUGAAGCCGAAUUCAUCUUUUCCAUCAUCAAGGUCAUUGCUGUUAUUGGCUUCAUCCUUCUCGGCAUCGUUCUCAACUGUGGCGGAACGCCAGAUAGCGGAUACAUUGGCGGCCGCUAUUGGCAAAACCCUGGUGCUUUUAACAACGGCUUCAAAGGAAUGUGCAAUGUGUUUGUUACAGCUGCUUUCUCUUUUGCUGGCACUGAGCUUAUUGGCCUCGCUGCCGCCGAAACAGCGAAUCCGCGAAAAUCGCUGCCAACGGCUUUGAAGCAGGUGUUUUGGAGGAUCACGCUUUUCUAUAUCGUUGCCUUGACAUUAGUAGGACUCCUCGUUCCACAUACUGACCCUCGGCUCGUGGGCGGUAACAGCGAUGCGGAUGCAUCAGCCUCACCUUUUGUGAUAGCCAUCGAAGAAGCCGGCAUUCAGGUUUUACCAUCUGUCAUGAACGCGGUCAUCCUUACUGCCGUCCUGUCCGUCGGUAACUCUGCCGUCUUCGGUUCCUCGCGUACCCUUGCUGCUCUUGCAAACCUUCGGCAGGCUCCCAAGAUCGUCGGUUACGUCGACCGCAAAGGCCGACCACUCGUCGCUAUUGCGAUCGCGAGCGCGUUCGGCCUCAUCGCUUUCCUUGCAGAUCUGCCCGAACAAGGAGCUGUCCUUGACUGGCUCAUGGCCAUCUCAGGCUUAUCAACCAUCUUUACAUGGGGCUCUAUUUGCGUGUGUCAUAUCCGUUUUCGCCGUGCGUGGGCUGCCCGUGGCCGCUCUGUCUCUGAGUUACCCUUCCAAUCCCAGGUCGGCGUUGUGGGUUCUUGGGUUGGUAUCACACUGAACGUUCUUGUCAUCAUAGCGCAAUUCUGGGUCGGCGCCUUUCCCAUCGGCUGGCAAGAAUUAACAAGCGCCCAGGUCGCGCAGAAUUUCUUCCAUAAAUGGGUUGGCGCACCCUGCGUUUUGGCCUUUUAUAUAUUCCACAAGCUUUAUUUCCGGACUACGUUUGUGAGAAUACGAGAUAUGGACGUCGACACUGGACGUAGGGACUUUAACGUCCCUAUCCUUGUCGCUCAGGAACGAGAGGAACGAGAAGGUUGGCCCCGAUGGAAGAGAUAUUAUAAGUUCAUGUGCUGA